UCACAUACUGCAAUUUGUGUGCACAAAUUUCGUCAUUGAAUUCUAAGCAUGUCAGCUGAGUGUUUGAAAUAAGCCGAAUAAACACGACGUUACUAAUAGUUGGAUUGGAGUGAGGUCGAUCUUGCGCUUAAAUUACGGGUAAGGAAGUACGCCAUUUGGACAGGACUUCGGAGACAAAAUGUCGAAACCCAAAGUUUUCUUCGACAUCGCACUCGAUAAAGAUAACAUAGGUCGUAUUGUUGUGGAACUGCGAGCCGAUGUAGUCCCCAAAACGGCUGAGAACUUCCGUGCAUUAUGUACAGGUGAAAAGGGCUUUGGCUACAAGGGAUGCCCUUUUCACAGAAUUAUUCCUGAUUUCAUGUGCCAGGGAGGCGACUUCACAAACUUCAAUGGCACUGGAGGAAAAAGUAUCUAUGGGACAAGGUUUAAGGAUGAGAACUUUCAGCUGAAGCAUACUGGGCCGGGAAUUUUAUCCAUGGUCAAUUCAGGCCCGAACUCCAACGGCAGUCAGUUCUUUAUUUGUACUACGGCGACUCCCUGGCUGGAUGGUAAAUAUGUUGUAUUUGGACAGGUCGUGGAAGGCAUGGAUGUCGUCAAAAAAAUGGAAGGAUGUGGAACCAGAAGCGGAAAUACGAAAGCUAAAAUCUUAAUCCAAAACUGUGGCCAGCUAUAAGUAAGACCUUUCGAAAGAAUCUCAGUUAUCAGAGAUUUUCAUUGGAUAUUGAACAUUACCUAACUGUUGCAAUGCUAGAACAAUUGACAUUUGGCUACGUCUGUACAGACUCUCUAUUGUAACUUGGUAUAAAAAUUAUCUUUUAUAGAGAAAUAUGAUGUGACUAAUUUUUGCAAUUUUUUGAUUUUGUGAACUAAUCUUUCAAUUUAUCGUUGACCUAUGCAAUGUAGGGUUAAGAACAAACUCUUAUGUGAACAUUUUAAACUUGGUAUAUAUUCAUUUCAUUCGUGAACUAGAUCAAUAAAAACUUGCAUUAUUUUG